AUUUGCUCGUGCAACUCAGGCGAUCGAACGGGUGUAAACGGAGUAUGACGCAAGUCUUACAUGUGAACAGUUUUGUACCUAGCAUUACUCUGCGUCGACGUGCUUUGAUCAGAAUUUACUCUUGGCUCAAAAGUUCUUCUGUUCAGAAAAAAACAUUUUUCCGUUUCUAAAUACUGUCCUUACACAAUGUCACAAGGAACUGUCCAUCAUGUUGCAAAGAGCGGGUUUGAAACAUCGAAACUUUAUGAUCAGGUCAGGCCCACUUACUCAGAAGAGGCCGUAAAGUUCUUGAUUGGUAAACUUGGCAUUUCACACCAAGAUGCUUCAUCUAAUCAGCCAGUAAGAAUCCUAGAGCUUGGAGCAGGAACAGGGAAGUUCACUGAUGUUUUACUCAAGGUUCUUCGCGGCAGUAAUGUGGAAAUAAUUGCAAGCGAGCCGCUUCUUUCUAUGAGAGAAGAGUUUAAACAAAAAUUUCCAGCCACAGAGAUGAAAGAUUUUUGUGCUGAAAAUAUUGGUAUGGAUUAUAUCUUGUGAUUUUGUAGUUAAUCUAUGCUAAAAGAACAGAUGAAAUGAGUCUGUCGACGAUGGAUGGUAGAGGACACUUUUAUUGGCCUAGGGGGUGGGGAUGGGGGGCAGCUGGCUUUGGCAGUAGAGCUCAGGAGUGCGUGGUGGAGCACUCUACGGAGGUUUUUAUACAAUGUAUAAACACUCGACUCCAGGAUAUUAUCACUCAUUCUUUUAAAAAAUACUUUAAUCAUAGAGCCUUUUCAUACAAGAAGACUUGAGUUGAAACUAAAAAGAAUGAAAACACUGCUUCCUCUUCUUUUUCUAUGCAUUCAGCAUUUCGCAUUUUUAUGAAUCCAAGAACUUAAAUAAAAGUAGCUUGUAGUAACCUUGAGAAACAGAAGUACUCUUACCCUUAUGUCCACCUAUACAAGUGUUUGCUGACUGCAGUAAACAAGACUACAACUCUGAAAGGGUCGUGAAAAGAAAUAUUGUACAUGUAUGUGUUAACACAGCCUUUAACAGGUGGUGGUGAAGAGAGUAACCAGGCCUUCUGAGCUGUGGUAGACUACCAUUAAUGUGCUUUCAUGGAAACCUCUACCUUAAGCGAUAAUAAAAAUUAUAAUAGACAUUAUUCGAGUGUGAAAACAAACUGGAAUUCCUCUCAGUGUUCUGUAUGCUAAAUGGAAGAUUUUGACAAAUUUCAGAACCCAAUGUCUAGUGGCCAGGGAAGGUGGUUGUUUAAUAGCUCAUGAAGCAUUAUUCACCAUUUCAUUUCAAAAACAUAACACAGUGAUCUAUUCCAGUUUUAUCUAUUGCAGUCUUAAGGCUACAAUAUCAAAGACCAUCCAUCAUCCACUUCAUAGUAGACCUUGCUCACUGUAGAGUCUCUGUGGCUCAGUGGUAGAACAUUGGAGCAUAAAUCCAAAGGUCUGAGGUUCAAUUCCUGAUGGGGACUCAAAAUUUUUCUUUAUCCCACACUCAUGACAAGAUGAAAGAACAUCUUUCUCAGUAUCAAUGUUUUUUUUUUUUUGUAUGUUUCAGGUUUACCUCACAGUUCUGUACAUGCAGUGAUCGCGGCACAGAGUUUCCACUGGUUCGCCAAUGAAAAGUCACUUUCUGAAAUUCAGCGUGUACUUGUUCCUGGUGGCAAGUUGGGUCUGGUUUGGAAUUUACGUGAUCACUCUGUGCCCUGGGUAAAAGAAAUGGAUGAUGAUGUCAUUCUUCCCCUAUAUGAGCAGUCCAACACACCAAAAGUACAAAGUGGUGAAUGGAAGAGACUGGUAAUGGCAUCUGAUAAAUUUGGGUCACUAGAAGGUGAUGAAAGUUUUAAGAGUGAACAGGUCAUGACAUUUGAUGUAUUUGUAAGGAGGCUUUUCUCGAUUAGUGUCAUAGCAGUGAAAAGUGAUGAAGAAAAGAAAAUGGAAAUUGAUAAAAUUAAAUCAAUUUUAAACAAACAUAUCAAACUAGAAACAGAUAAAGUUAUCCUUCCAUACACGGUUGAGAUGUACUGGUGUGAGAGAAUGUGAAUUAUUCCCAAACCAAAUAAUUUAAAACUGAUUUAGAAUUUUUAUGUAGAUGACUCAUGACAAAGAACCAUUCUUUAAGAUUUAUUUAAUUAUCCAAUAAAGAAAAUUGUUUGAAUAGUUAAGGUUGUACUGGUGUGAAAGUACAUAAAUUAUUUCAGGUACCAUAUUUAUUCAAUUGAAUGUCACAGCAUUUAUUAAAUUUUUUGUGAUUCAAGUGCAGCGUUUAUACGAGGGGCAUUUAUCUAAAAUCCAAUUUAUUACUUGCAAAAAUGGUAUGGUAACUAACCAUUCUCAUUUUAAAAAGCAGAAAUGUGUUUUGGUGCUGUUCUAAAAAGUCAUUUUUUGUAUUGUUGUCAAUUUCACAAUUUCCAUGUUAAUACUGCUGCAAUACAUAAAGUGAAUAGAGGAUUUGUGUCUGCAAUUAAUAAAUGAUCGCUGUGUGCUUUUUGAGUCUAUUAUUCAAAUAAACACCACAUCAUGAUACAGUGUUUAAUUGAGGGUGGCGUUUUAUUAAUGUUUUGCUCUAAAAUGCAGCAUUUAUUAGAGGGCAGUGUUCAUAUGAGGGUGGCAUUUAACCAAAUAAAUACUGUAACAGACAUUUUAAAGUAUUUUGAUAUAAAUUUUUUACAGGAGAUUUUCUUACAAAGUACCAUUUGUCAAAUUUAACAAUAUGUACAUAAUCUUUAUCAUCUUUUUACCUUAACCCUUUAACUCUCAGAUGUGAUGAACAUGUAUUUUCUAUCAAUAAUAUCCAUACAUUACCCAGCAAUCAGGUAAUGACAAUACUCAAACCUAUCAGGUAGAAGUUAUCUUAAUUUAACACCAAAUUCUGGUAACUAAUUUACAAGAAGAUGAGUAACAGCUACAGGGAAAAAUGAAAAAUCAGAUUUUGGACUUAAGCAGUUGAAACAGCUGGAUUAAGGACAAGUACUGAAGUAAAUUGUUAGAGAUAAAUUAAUUGUUGAUGCUGAUUAUAUGAAGUUGUCCACUUUGACGAAUAAGUUAUAUAUUUUUUAUUCCUUUUUUAGAGAGAAGAUAAUAUAUCAUAAUUAAUAACCUUUUUGAUCAGUAUGAAAAAUGAAAAAAACAUAUUUCAGCUACCUUGGAAACAUCAAUUUCCCUUAGCUACAAACAGCAUUUUCUUAAUCCUAUAUGCACUAAGAGUGACUGGCUUC